AUGGAUAUCGGCGACUAUCUCAAGCAAGAAGAGCCCGUCCCUACUCAAGGUUACUCGCACGAGAUGGAUAUGGGAGAUUUUAAACAGGAUAUCUUCAAAACCGACGGCUUUGGAGUUUUCGGCAGCUAUGGCAACAACCUGAACCUGGAUCCCUUCCGAGACAACAAUGGACAUGGCGGCCAUGGUAGCCUCUCUUUCUAUGGCAACAUGACCCAUCAACUUCCCGUUGCUCCUUCCGGCUUCGAUGGCCACUCUCUCUCCCACAGCUUCGAGCAUGCCGACGAGCACCACGGAGCUACUCUCUCAGGUCUCAAUGGCCACUUCUCGUCACAGAACUUCCAGCAGAACUUCGAAGUACACCAACCCUCCAAUAUUUCGAACCACAACGACCAUUCUUCUGGCCAGGGCGUGGAGCAGUACGAAGACUCCUCGGUUAUGCCGAACGAAAUCAACGAGAUUGUGGACUCUGUUGAGCAUGGCCAGGACUCUGUUGAACAAGAAGACGAAGAAGACAAGGUUCCCCUGAAGGAUGAGGAGUACGACUCUGACGAUGAAUUCAAAGAUGAGGAUGAAGAGGACGAGGCGGCCGAGGAUGAUGGAGAGGACGACAAUGGUCAAAAGAAGAGAAAGUUGAAGGAUAAGCGCAAGCCCUACAAGCAGCCGCGCAUCCUGACUCGUUGGGACCCCAGCAAGGAUCAACUCACCCUAUUAUCCCUGAUCUAUAUCCUCGAGAGAGAGAAUAUCAAAGUCCCAUACGAGGAGCUCAACUUGCUCGUGAAUGGUGGGGCCAAGUGGGAUGAUGCAGAGGGCGGAUCCGUGUUCCAGCACCUCAACAAGCUACGUAGGGCUCGUAUAUUCUUUGGUCUACCUGUUCCGCCACCCAGGAAGGGCAAGAGAGGCACCAUGGACGACCCCAAGAUCCCGAGCGAGAAGGAGAUCAAGACUUAUCGCAGUCUCACCUUCAUCAGACCCGACCACGAAGACAAGAUGACCGGCACUCCUGGCACUAUGAAGGCUCAAUAUGCACCCAUUCCUAUUCCUGGCCGUCCCGACCUUCCAAUCUACGAGCCAACCCAGGAUCCGCCAAUGUGGCCACUGCCAGACGGUUUUGCAUUCGAGAAGUACGGCAAGGAAAUCGUUACGCCUGGAGCGAAGGCCGCGCCUGCUUCAGAUAAGAGGCAGGUCAAGUCAGUGAAGAUCAGUGUCAAAAAGGAAGAAGAGGAGGAGUUUGUGCCUGUCGUCUCGACUGAGAAGAAAGGCAGAUCUACCAAAAAGGCUGCUAAGGCACAGGAAGACGAUGUUGUUCAUCCCAGCGAGAAAUCUGCUCGUAAGGGCAAGAACACACCCGCAGCUUCGAAGAGAAAGGCAGCCGCAAAGAUAGACAGCACGUCCACUCCUGCUAAGCCGAAGGGAGUGCCCAAGUCAAAGAAGGCAGCUGCAACUCAGAAAAAGACACCCGCAACUCUGAACAAGAUUGCUGAUUGUCUCAAUGAGAAGCUCGAUCUUGAUGCAACUCCAUCGAAGCAGGCAAGAGGCGACAAGAAGGCUAUGGUUGCCGCCGUGCCCGAAUUCAAGGAGAUGCUCACCACAGAACCCAGCUCAGUUGCCAUCAACGAAGCAGAGCAAUCUGGUCAAAGUUAUGGCAGGGUUGACACGAACCCUACCGGCAUGCCAGCCCAAUCGUUCAUCAGCAUGCACGCAGGAUUGCCUCCUAACAGAUUCCGUAUGGGUGGUCAUCAGACCAACCAGAGCUUCGAUUUGCUGUCAAGCAUGUCGACAGCAUCCAGCCACGCAAUGCACAAUGCUCCUACUCAGUUCAUGCCCAACGGCGUCAACUACUCGCACAACAACUCCACUGGUAAUGGCUUUGGUCAUCAGAUGAUGUCCGUUAACGUUCCUUCUUUUGCUCAUGGCCAUGGCUGGGAUAACAUGAACAGACAGGAGAUGGUUGGCAAUUUCGAGCCUUCCGCACAGCAACUGGCAGUUCCUCAGUCUAUGCAGCAUUACAACAACAGCCACAGCUACGGAAACUUCCAGGCUCCUGGUAACGUCCACGCUCAUGGCAAUGUCCAGGCUCGUGACCAUGGCUCUCACGGCUUGCACAUCACCGAGUCUUCUGCUAUGAUGCCCAGAGAUCUUGCUCAGCUUGACAUGGGCAUAGGAGACUAUACCUUUGCCAGUGGUCCCGCCAGCGAUCUGGCAUCUCAGCAGCAAAUCUUCGCCGCUCCCUACGCCUCGCAGAUGCAGAAUGAUGACAACGACAACAAGCUCGACAUGGAGCAGUACCCUGGGGAAUUUAACAUCUCGGACCUCGAUGCCAGCAACAUCUUUCACAACAAGCACCAGUAA